GGAGCAGCAGGAGCAGCAGCAGCAGCAGGAUGUCGGCACUGGGCGCGCUGCCCUUCCUGAAGCCCGCUCACCUGCGGUCCCCCGGCUGCUCGCCCAGGGGCCAGCGGCGCCACACGCUGCCCGCCAGCGAGUUCCGCUGCCUCAGCCCCGAGGAUGCCACCAGCGUGUUUGAGAUCGAGCGGGAAGCCUUUAUAUCUGUCUCGGGGGACUGUCCCCUCCACCUGGACGAGAUCCGCCACUUCCUGAACCUGUGCCCAGAGCUCUCCCUCGGCUGGUUCGAGGAGGGGCGGCUUGUGGCGUUCAUCAUCGGCUCCCUCUGGGACCAGGACAGGCUCAGCCAGGAAGCCCUGACCCUGCACAGGCCACAGGGCACAGCCGUGCACAUCCACGUGCUGGCCGUGCACCGCACCUUCCGGCAGCAGGGCAAGGGCUCCAUCCUGCUCUGGCGAUACCUGCAGCACCUGCGGUGCCUGCCCUGCGCCCGCCGAGCCCUGCUCAUGUGCGAAGACUUCCUGGUGCCCUUCUACCAGAAGUGUGGCUUCCAGGUGCUGGGUCCCUGCCAGGUGACCGUGGGGGACCUGUCUUUCAUCGAGAUGCAGCACCCGGUGAGGGGACACGCCUUCAUGCGCAGGAACAGCGGCUGCUGAGACCCGCCCCGUGCCGGCCCUGCCAGGGGGGCUACAG